AUGAUAACGUACGUUCCUAGGAACAAGGCACUCCAGGCAAAGGAAAUGAUCAACUUGCCUGGGCUGCGGCUGCUCGUAUUAUUCGUACCUCUUUCAUUUCUUUUUUUCUUCUCUCUUUCCGUCUUUUCUUUUCUCUUUCUGUGUUUUUCAUUUCUCUCUUUCUGUAAUUUUUCUCUUACCGUCUUUAUUUUCCUCUCUUUCCGUCUUUAUUUUCCUCUCUUUCCGUCUUUAUUUUCCUCUCUUACCGUCUUUAUUUUCCUCUCUUUCCGUCUUUAUUUUUCUCUCUUUCCGUCUUUAUUUUCCUCUCUUUCCGUCUUUAUUUUCCUCUCUUUCCGUCUUUAUUAUUUCUCUCUUUCUGUAAUUUUUCUCUUGCCGUCUUUUUUUUCUUUCCUUCCUUUCCUCUCUUUCCUUCCUUUCCUCCUCUCUUUCCGUCUUUAUUUUUCUCUCUUUCCAUUUUUUUCUAUCAGUCUAUUUAUCCUUUCUGGAUCAGAAUAUUUCAUUUUUUUUGUUUUACCCUUCUUGUUUUCUAAUUUUUUUAUCUUCUUUCUUUUGUAUUUGUCUCUAUCUUUUUCUCACUCUUUCACCCUCUCUAGUCUUUUUGUUAUUUUUUUAAAAACUUUUUCUCUUCGUUUCGUUACUCAUUCAUUCUUUCUCCAUCUUUUUGUAAUUUAUCUCUCUCUCUCUCUCUCUCUCUCCCCGUUUAGUUUUCUCUUUUUCUCUAAUCGUCUGUUGAAGGUUUUUUUCUCUCUAUUUCUCUUUCUCUUUCUCUCUAGUUUAUGCAUUUUUCCAUCUGUAUUCUUUUCUGCUUUUCUUUCUUCUGUAUUUUCUGUUUCUCAUCUCUUGUUUGUUUUUCUCUUUCUCUCUUUUUCCUACUUCGUUUUCCUUUCCUUACAACUUUCACUUUUUUGUAUUUCUCCAUUCCUUUUUGUUUCUUUUUCUUUAAUUUACGUCUACGUUUCUUUUUUCUUUAAAUACUAUGCCCACUUUAUUCCUCCUCCUUAA